UUACAAGGAUAAUAUAAUAAGAAAACAUAGCAAUAGCAGCGAAAGAGAUUAAAUGGUUAGGUGUUGGUUCAGUACAAAUCCAUUAAUGCAACAUGACUGAAAGGUUUGUGGGAGAAAGACAGCACUUAGUGCAACUAUUUUGGAUCACGGUACAUCUGCCAGAGGCUGUGAAAAGCUUGACUAACAUAAUCACCAUGGCCAAGAUUGCGCCUUUGAACAAGCACAUCAAUGUUGCCCUGAGCUAAUUCAAUGGAAUAUUUUGUAAAUUAGAAUAUUUUAUUAUUGGAGCAUUAAAUUACUAAAUUUGUUAUUUUUUUCUAAUUCUACAAAUAUGACAAUUUGUCUAAUAUGUAUUUACUUUAGGUUUACUGUGCAGAUUUAUACUUGGACACUUUCGCUUAUGAUGCAAUCGUACUACAUUUCCCAUGAUGCUUAGUUCCGUAACUAGGCUUGUUGGGCGCGCUGGGAAGAAUUUCAAAGAAAAAUGGCGGAAAAGGAUUUGGUAGACGGCGAAGACAGUUCCAGAAGUGUUGCCGUUGUUGACAAUGAGAUGACUUCGCAGACAUUGAAAAGAUGCGCGUCUUCGAGCCCUAGCACACACCCCAAACACAAAUCUCCCCGUACCAGCUGCACAUCACCCACCAUACAGGCGACACAUGCGGGGGAUGAACAUUCAAAGACACACGAACAAGAAAUGCAGACAAAAAAGAGUGAAGAACCUUCGCGUUCUUCUGGCAGCCCCACUAAACGCAGGAAAUCCGGGCGGAGAGCAACCAUAUCCACACGUUCUUUGCCUGCUCUUCCCAACCCUUAUCUUUUGUGUAGGAGCAUCAGGACGUCCCUUACUCAGGAUGAGAGACUGGAAAAAUUGAUGGAGGCCUCAAUGAUGCUGGCAAUAGAAAGGACUCAAAAUUCACUUCAGUCUGUGCCGAACUUCUCACUGGAGUCUUUUCAAAAACAAGUUAAGGACAUGCAGAAAGACUGGGGUCGCCUGGCUAAAAGCAUACACAGUGAAUCAAAAGAACAACAACUUACUGUUGAUACAGCUAGUAAUCCUUCAGUGCAAAGACCCAUGGAAAAUGUUCAGAAAGCCAUCAACAGACUCCAGGCUGAAAAUGAGUCUUGGGAGGCAUUGUUGAGCAAACAACGGAAAAAAGAGGAGGAAUUGCAAAGGAAAGUGGAGCAGGGCCAGGAGACAGGUGUGCCAUUAGACUCAUCAUCUAUGGCCCGGUCUUCACAAUACACUCUCAUAAAAAGCAAACCUGAUUACCUCACUCUCCUAAGUAGGCAACAGACUGUGCUUCAAACUGUGAUUAUGGAAACUCAGAGCAAGAUGGUUAAAGUGCUGAUGUCCAUCAAGAAGCAGUCACAGUUAGUUGUGAAAGAGAUCAGUGCACGACUGGUGGCAGAAGCUGGAUUCCAGGAACUCAUGAAUUCCAAGAACUUCCUGGCAGCACCGUUAUCCUCUGCAGCCACAUAGUCACUGUAACAGGAGGCAAGCACUAGCAGUUAAUCAUCUUUUAUGUAUAAUUUUUACUGUUGUGGGAUGGAACAUAUGAUUUUUAGCUAUGUCUUCUUAAUCUACUUUCAUGUACGUCUGUUUCAAAUAAAACUAUUCCAUUCAUCAAGCGUUACUAAUACUAUGCAAUACAUAGGAUUGGCCAGCAGGUGGCGGUGGUUGGCUUUUAAAAAAAUGACAGGCUUGGUAGGGCUAGAGUAAAUUUUUGUGUUAAGCUUAAUUAGAUGCCUUCUCACCUGUAAAACUGUAGACUGCCAGCUGUUUGACAUUUGUUUGGGAUCAACAAAUGUGACUCGUCCCAAAAAACAUAUUCCCAAUACUCUUAAGAAAUUCAAGAAUGAUAUUUUAUCAUUUAUACAUUAAACUAUAAAACUGUAUUGGAAUCCACACUCACUUUAAAUUAUUGCAGUUGUUCUGUCAUUAGUGUUACAUUUUAGGCUGUUAUAACUAUUACUACUUUACUUACUAUUAACUCUUAUGAUUAUACUCAAAUGUUUGUGCAACAAAAACAGAAUUUAAGCAUAGUUAUAUCAGUUUUAUUAAGUGUCAUAAACCCAUAAAUAAUCACUGUUUCAUUUAGAUGAGCAGUUUCUUUCCUUGAUGGUUUGUAGUAUUUGUUUAUGUACAGUCCUUUUUACAUGCUCAUCCUUGGUCAUAUUUAGUCUGUGUGGUGCCGCAUCUAUUUCACU